AAAAGUAAGUGGCUGUCGUCAGUGUCAAUGUUGUUGGGGCGAUUCCUAAAGCAAGGAAUGACAUUCCUUAAUUAGGCAAUAAAUUGGCUUUAACUCAUGCCACGGAAAUGUCUGCAUACGUGCAUGUGUAAACGGAAGAAUCCGUUGCGUAAGAGUGAUUUACAACUCGCAAAAUUGGCUUACUGUCUGCUGGCCCAAAUGCACUCAUUCUGGCUCACUCGAAUGUGGCUCCGCUUCUUGCCGUCACAUGACUGCAGUUCCCAGCAGGCCGUAGAGCGCAGGCGCAGAUCUCAUCGCCCGCUGUGGUAAACAGACGUCAGAAGGGAGUCUUCGCGUCGAGUCAAAACAAAACAAAAAUAGUGGGAUGAUCGACUAUCUGUGUGCAGGCACGGAGUGAAACAGCGCUGAAAACCGAGAGGAACGAUCGCCGAGGAGAAACGACAACGAGAGUUUUGUUGGACCACCUUCAACCAUUUUUUUCAGAGUAGUAGUCGUUGGCUAGCGUUAGCGGGCUAGCAAGUUUGUCAUGUUGAAGAAGCCGCCUUUGAGUUUCUGCGCGAGCGAACGCCGACCGCCGAGGGAGCUCCAGACGCGCCGGGGUCUCCCUCUGUCUCUGCCCUGAGCCGAAGAUCGUGCGGGAAGACACGGCGGACGAGUAGAAGGAGUCGCUCUGACUGAACUUUUUUUUUUCUCUUUUAGCCAGCUCGAGGGUCCUGCACCGCUGCUCCGGGAACAUGGCAGACGGUGGCACGCGGCGCUAGCCCGCGGCGUGGAGGAGGGGGGUGGGGGGGGUCGAGAGCGUGCAGCGUGCGCGUGCGGUCCACUCUACUCCGAGCCAAACACGAUUUUUUUUCCUCGCGGAUUUUUUUUUUUUUUUUCUUCACCGAGUUGUUCAUCAUUUUCUCCUUCUCCCCCGUUUUUUUUCACCGGAUCGAACAACCUGCUCGGUCCUUGCCGAGUUCAGCGCUGCUAAAAGUGGACGGUCAACCGAACGGAGAGAAAAACCCGCACCGCCGCCACCUUUUAAAAUCGGUUUUUAUGGCCUGGUUUUCCUUCGCUAAAAUACACUUUCAUCGAACGAAGGAAUGAGGGGAGUUAUUCAAAAUGAACUAUUUUGUUAGGUGCUCACUAUUAACAGUGAGCGACAGGUGAGUGACAGCUGCUGAAAGAGCCCCCGCAGUCAGAUACUUACUGAUGCCUCUGUGUACCAGAGAACUGUUAACUUGUUAAAAGUUAGUUAUCCGUUAGCAUCCGUUUUUUCGCGGUGUAAAGGGACGGCUCCUUGUUUUCCAGCCCUCGCGGCCGCGGUGCUCCUGCCCUGUUGUGCUCCGCUUCACCCGAGCGGCGGGUUUUCAUAGACAAAACUGACACUUGUCAUCAUACCGAAACGAUCAAAGCGCAGAGAUCGACAUUAAUCUCGAAAUAUACAUCCAAUACAUUCAUCAGAGCGAUGGCAUCUGGAAAUGAAUGAUUUUGUUUUUUUUUCCUUUUUAAUGAAUGAUGAGGUUUUUUUGCAUUUACAACUGUGUAAAUGUGAAAGUAUAUUUUUGGUCUUUUUGUUUCGUGCUGUUCAGGACACCUCCCUCGCUCCAGAUGUUUUGAAUCCGUUUCUCCACCGAUUCUCUUUGUUCUUUUUAGGUAAACAAAACAAACUGCGUUCCAGGCUCCCCUUGGACUCUAAAUCUGGAGGUUUUAGCUGGCUACUAUUAAGGAGAUUAUUUGGUCCCUUUAAUCUCCAAUCGGAGGAUUAACCGGCGCUAUAUUGGUGUAUCCAGAUUAUUGUGAUUUUUUUUUUCUUUUUUUUUUUUUUUUUUUCUGACAGCCACUCGACUCAUGUUUGUGGCCGCGAAUAAUGAACCGGACGUCUUUAUUAAAAUUAAGACUAAACAAGCUUGGAUGCUUUUAAAACACUACAGGUUAUGACCAUAUAAAUCUUGAGAGAUUUAAAUACUCCUCACUUUUUAUAUUACUGUAAUGAUCAAUAAUUCAGUUCAUAAUUGAACUUAAUUGAUCUUGCAUUGCUAGCAGUGUACUGCGUUGGAGCUAGUGGUUUUUUUUUUUUUUGUUACAAGAGAAGUGUAAAAUGGAAGAAGAAAAGGUUCCACCGAUUGACCCAGACUUUGCGCCUCAGAGCCGCCCGAGGUCUUGCACAUGGCCGCUGCCGAGACCCGACAUCUCGGCUGUCAAACAGGAGGGGGCGGACGGUCCGGAGUCUGCUGCGGGGACUCCGCCCGCCGAAGAGGAUAAGCAGGAGGCUGCGCCAAUCGCGUCAGAGCCAGAGAAAGUCCCCGCCUCCGAGGGCGGAGCUGUGGCCGGAGUGGGCGGAGCCACACCUCGGAAGGGAUCUUCGCGGCGCAACGCGUGGGGCAAUCAGUCGUAUGCGGACCUGAUCAGUCAGGCCAUCGAGAACUCGCCGGAGAAGCGCCUCACGCUCGCGCAGAUAUACGACUGGAUGGUCAAAACCGUCCCCUACUUCAAGGACAAGGGGGACAGCAACAGUUCAGCUGGGUGGAAGAAUUCAAUCCGCCAUAACCUGUCCCUUCACAACAAGUUCCUGCGCGUGCACAAUGAGUCAACGGGCAAGAGCUCCUGGUGGAUGCUGAACCCUGAAGGGGGCAAGACUGGGAAAGCUCCCCGCCGGCGUGCUGCCUCCAUGGACAACAGCAAGCUGUUAAAGAGCCGCAUGCGUGCCAAGCAGACGAAGAAGCAGGCUGGAGCAGCGGGGCCUCCAGGUGUGGCCGGUGGCAACAUGACGGGGGAGGGGGGUCCAGGAGCUGGGCGUGCAGACAGUCCUGGCUCAUCCCAGCCGUUUUCGAAGUGGGGGGUGAACAGCAGCAGCCCUUCGUCCCGUGGCAGCCUUGAUGACCAGGACAUGUGGACCGGCUUCCGGCCACGUAGCAGCUCCAAUGCCAGCACAUUGAGUGGCCGGCUGUCACCCAUUGCCCCAGGCAAAGAGGAUGAGGAUGAGCUGCCAGAGGACUCGCUGCUGGCGGGAUACUCUACAGGCAGUGUGCCCCCCAUGCUCACAGAGACACUCCUGGAGGAGUUGGACCUGAUAGAUGGCCUAACGCUGAUGACGGCACAGCAGGGCGGGGCUAGCCCUAGCACAGCCCCACCAGCCCCUCCUACCCCUUUGCCCUCUGCCGCCACCUUGCUGGCCCGUGGCUCCAGCUUUGGCUCCUUUCGGGGUCUGCAGACAUCCACUCCUCCUCAGGCCACAGCUACUGCCACUUCUGCUCAGGGUGUGGCUCAGGCCCCUGUCCCACAGAGCUCCACUUCUAACCCUGGUCCAACCUCCUCUACCUUUGGAAACUCCCUCUUUAGCCCCUUGCCAGGGCAAGGAUCACAGGGAGCACACUUUGGGGUCCACGUGCCCUCCAGCCUGGAGGCACUGCUCACGUCUGAUUCACCACCGCCCAGUGAUGUCAUGAUGACCCAGGUGGACCCGCUGAUGCCCAGCCAGGGCACUGCAGGGCUCCUUGGGCUGGGGGCUGACAUAGGGGCAAGUGCACAGGGCAGUCAGUUAUUCUUGGGGAAAAACCUGGAGUCAAACCCAGUUGCAGCCAUAACACAGCCACAACUAGGGAUGGGCAUGCUUCUUGGCAACGUGAACCAAGAUCCCCCUCAGCUGAGCUCGCUGACCACCCAGCUGGCCCAGGGCCCCAACUCCUUUGGUGGCAACAAUAGAGGCGUUCAGGGCUUGGGGUCAUUUGCAGGCCAGAGCUGCUUCUUACCGAGUCAGGACCGGCUGCCCACUGAUCUCGACAUUGAGAUGUUCACGGAGAACCUGGAUUGCGAUGUGGAUUACAUCAUCAACAGUGACCUCAUGGAUGGCGAGGGCAUUGACUUCAACUUUGAUCCCAUACUGCCUGCUGGGCAGGCCUACCCCAACCCUGCCACAACGCAGGGCUCCUCUCACAACUGGGUUCCCAGCUAAGUUCCCAGAAGUCUUUGCAGCUGAUGCCAGGACAGAACCCUUUGUUCAUCUUAAGCGCUGACGCUACAAGGAGGGUAACCCUGAAGACUUAAAUUCAAAUUUGUCCCUUUCCAUCACUUUCUCCAACUCAAACACCUACAGUCUUCAGCACUGCUCAAGACAAGAAAGGCACUUGGACCUGGCCAAACAAUUUAUUACAACAAGUUUUUGGUGUUUAUUUUUUUCAGUCUUUAUUAUUUGACAAAAAACCAGACCUCAUCUGAUGUCAUGUGCCAAUUGAAAUUUGUUAUUCCCAGGAUAAAAGUACUUGGAGACCAAGUACAUGAAUAUUUUCUGAAACACUCUACAAGAUUUAAAAAAAAACAAAAAAAAAGAAAAAAAAUCAGGGUUUUUUUUUUAAAUUGUGUUUUCUGUUUUCCAUUUUAAAAGGUGCUAUUAAGCACAAGAUAUUAAGAGGGUGGGGGGAAGAUGGUGUCAAAGAGUAGCACAAUAGCAAUGGUGCUGUUUUUUUUUUUUUUAUUCUUUCUGUUGUAGUGAAAUAGGAUAAUGGAUCAUGAUUCAAUUAACCUGGCCUUCAUUUCUUUCAUGUUGAAGGAAAAAUGGACAAUGCAUGUCAAAACAAACAUACAAAAAUGGCCAGUUUCAUCUUGGAAAAAAAAGCCAGACUUGCCCCAUUGAGCAGUUACAACAACCCUUCCUUCAGCACUUUCUGUUAUAUGGAUUUCCCAGUCUAGGUCCAUGAAGUCUUACUACGGAAGCUACCAUGGAGUACUGGAGAGGAGAGACCUGAGAGGGGUUGGGUAGGGACAAGUGCGUGUUUGGAGUGCUACCUCCAGUGAUGGACUGGAAUGGGGAUGACAGGUUGGCAAAAUUUAAUACACAUUGUUGGUACAAGAGUUUUUUUUUUUUUUUGGAGUGAAGGAGGAUUGUGGGUAAGAUGGAAAUAGAAAUAUUUAGCAGUUCUGCAUUUGCUUGGCUGUUUAACAAGCGUUUGUGUGCAUCGACACUUGGGGCUCCACUAAGCCGAUCUGGCAGAUGCAAGCAGCGGCGACGCAGUCCUGCAUAAAGGGUUUGCUUUUUUUUGGUUAUCGAGUUGUGAGCAGUUAGGUUCAGUUCACGCAGAUGGAAAAUGUGAUUUGUGGAAUCUCUUUCGAGGCAUUUUGGAACAGUGUUCUUUUCCUCAAAGUCUACCCAAAUGUGAGGUAUGCGUUAUGAUAUUAGAAUCUGGAAUACGGCAUGCAAUGCCUUCUGUUCAGAAUGCAACAUUCAUGCUCGUUUGCGGUUUAUGCACAGCUAGAGAUGAGUGCACCGAACAUCCGUAGGGAGAAGAAAAGAUUAGAACUCAACCCUAGUGACCUUUUCCAAACAAAAAGAGAAAGAGAACCAAUCAUUUCAGCAAAGCAAAAAUGUCACUGGCCUGUGUUUCUUUUUGUGAUGUUCAAUCUUUAAAAGUUUAAAAUAGCUAAACAAGGAGGAAAAAUUGAAGUCAAAAGGUACAAUUCUACACUUGAAACUUUUUGUAUUUUUUUUUUUUUUUUUUAAACAAAACAAAAAAAACGUGGGUUAGCUCCGAAGAUUUUUCUGUUUAGUCUCCAAAAAUUGGGGAGAAGGGGCUUAAUAUAAACAUUUUUAUCACUGAUUAGUUUUUCAUAUACUAACCUUUUGUAAGAAAUUAACAGUGUAAAGGAACAAAGUAUAUUUGAUUAUAGUUUUAAUAUACAGUUCAGAUUAAACUUAUUAGUUGA